GUGUGUGCUUGAGCGCGUGCAUGCGCUCAGAUGCAGAGCACUGCCUCUCUGGGGUGCCUCUCAGACACUGCAGUGGAAGGCGGGGUCGGUGCUGCUGCCAUCGCCGCACUCUGCCGUGCGCUGAAAGGAUGGUGCACCAGGAGAAAUGUCUCUACCAGGCCCAGAGGAACGAGAGGGAGUCUAUCAGACAGAAGCUGGCCCUAGGCAGUUUCUAUGACGACGGGCCCGUGCUCUUCACUGGCUACAGCAGGAUGGGUAAAAACUGCGUGCCCUCACGGCUUCAGAAUGGGGUGAACCUACAGAUGUGUUUCGUGAAUGACAGUAGCAGUGAUAAGGACAGUGAUGCGGAAGACAGUAGAACAGAAACGAGCCUUGACACUCCCUUGUCCCCUGUGAGUAAGCAGAGCUCAUCGUUGUCGGACCGGGACACGGGUGAAGAGGACCUGGACUCGGAAGAUGGCGAGUUCUGGAGGCUCCAGCGGCGCCUCCAGGAGGAAGCACGUGGGGCGCUUGCCCUCGCUCGUCCCAUGGCCCGCAUGCAGGUGGAGGUGGAGAGGCAGGUCCAGCUACACCGCAGGUCCCCCGUGGCUGACCUGCUGCCGCAUCUGCCUCACAUCAGUGAGAGUCUGAUGAAGAGGAGUCUGAGGCCCAUAGACCUGAGGGAGAUGAGCCUGGGUCAACUCCAAGUCAUCACUAAUGACCUCCAUUCACAGAUACAAGGUCUAAACGAGGAGCUUGUGCAGCUGCUGGUCCUCAGGGAUGAACUCCAUGUGGAGCAGGAUGCCAUGCUGGUGGACGUGGAGGACCUCACCAGGCAUGCACAUAGUCAGCAGAGGCACCUGGCAGAGAAGUCCAAAAGAAAAGGAGCAUGCUCCCUGUGACUCCUAUUCCUGGCACCCUCUGGAGGCCUUUGCAGCAACAAUGGCCUGCUUGAGGCAGAGCUUAACCCUAUAUGUCGUGGUAGCAUAUGCACAGAGCUUUUCUUCAUGUCAGUUUUAACUAGACGUAUGCCCAUCUUUAUUUUGUUUACCCAUGUUACAAGCUUUGUGUGGAUGUAUGUCAGACAAACAGGCCAACAAGCUUUUGUGCAUGCACACACUGAAGUGGAGAAUUAUAUAGGUCAAUGCAGGCCCAUAGACAGCAGGCAAAACUAAAGUUUUGACACCACAGACCCAUCUGGUGUAGAUAUGUCCAUGAGAUUAUUAUUAUCAAAGUAGGUCUUGGAUUCCCUCCAAAAUACCUACUGAUUUUGCAGAGUGCUUAAUAAUUCUGAGACACCAGCUCAGAGCAAUCUGUUUGCCAGUGAGCUGGUCCUGUUUGCGGGUCCUUCUGUACCUCCUUUGCCUAACUGAACAACUAGAGCAAGCUUACACUGCAAUAUCAAAUAAGGAUAAAGAGAAUAUCUGCUAAAGUAAGAUGUAAGUAGCUGUCUGUCCCACCCAUAACACAGAGAAGAUUUUGACUAGAAUCGAACAGGAUGAGGUAUGCUGACAGACCCCAUGUAAGAAAACAUGAAUGUAUUGUAGAAUAAAAAGCAAAACACUUCCUUGUAUGAGACUGCCAGGUUUGGUGGGAGUUGAACUUUUGUGAGCUAUUUUGUCAAUCAGUAUUUUAAGAACAUCAGCUUUAUUUUUUGCCCAUUUAAUAGACAUAUGUGCUUUUUCACAGGUUUAAGUGUUGCAAGAUGACUGGAAUCUUGGUGUACAGAAAUAUUAAAGAAAAUGAUUAAUAAAUUAUUUACUUGCAGAAA